GGUGAGAAUUUGUUGAGGAGUCUUCAGCAUUACGCCUCAGCCCGUCCCACUCUUUGCUGCCUUGUCCUGCCUCUCUGUGUCUGAGUCUUGUUUUGUUUUGAAAGGACAAUGACAGUGGGGAACAUGGAGAGCGCCACACUCUUUGACGCGGGGAAGAAGGGACGAGGCCUGAAGGCCAGCAAAGAGCUGGCCGCCGGGGAGGUCGUCUUCGCCGAGCCCAGUUUCUCCGCCGUGGUCUUUGACAGUUUUGCCUCUCAGAUUUGCCACAGCUGUUUCCGGCGUCAGGCCAAUCUGCAUCGCUGCGCUCAGUGCAAGUUCGCUCACUACUGCGACCGCACCUGCCAGACGGCAUGCUGGGACGAGCACAAGAAGGAGUGCGGCGCCAUCAGGAAGAUGGGCAGAGCGCCCGCAGAGAACGUACGUCUGGCCGCGCGCGUGCUAUGGCGUAUUCACAAGGACUCUGGCGUGGUGUCAGACAGUCAGCUGAUGUCAGUGAGCGAGCUGGAGGACCAUGUGAACGACCUGUCAGAGGAAGCUCACGUGCAGCUGAAGGCUGACGUCAGCACCUUCCUGGAGUACUGGUCACACGGGAGGAAGAAGCACUCGGCCGAAUUCAUCUCACACAUCUUUGGCAUCAUCAAGUGUAAUGGAUUCACCAUGAGUGAUCAGAGAGGCCUGCAGGCGGUCGGCGUCGGACUCUUCCCCAACCUGUGUCUGGUGAACCACGACUGCUGGCCCAACUGCACCGUCAUCCUCAACCACGGCGAUCAGUCAGCUCUGAGUUCUGCUCUUCACUCUCAGAGGAGGAUCGAGCUACGCGCUCUGGAGAAAAUCCCAGAGGGGGCGGAGCUAACAGUCAGCUACGUGGACUUCCUCCACGUGUCCGCCGAGCGGCAGAAGAAGCUGCGGGAGCAUUUCCACUUUGAGUGCACCUGCGAACACUGCAGCCAGCACAUCAAGGAUGACCUCAUGAUGGCGGCCGCAGACAGCGAGGGGAACAAACCCUCUGCUGAGAAGGUGAAGGAGGUGACGGACUUCAGCAAAGAGUGUCUGGCGAAGAUCGAGGAGUGUCGUCUUCAGGGGGAGUAUAAUGAGGUGGUGAAGUUGUGUCGCGAGUGUCUGGAGAAGCAGGAGAACGUCCUGGCAGACACUCACCUCUACAAGCUGCGCGUGCUCAGCGUCGCCAGCGAGGUGCUGUCGUUCAUGCAGAAGUUCUCCGAGGCGGCGGGAUACGCCCACAAGAUGGUGGAGGGAUACAGGAAGCUGUAUCACCAUAACAACGCCCUGCUGGGCAUGGCCAUCAUGCGGGCGGGCGUCACCCACUGGCACGCCGGGCAGAUCGAGGCGGGCCACGCCUUCAUCUGCCAGGCCUACGGCAUCCUCAUGGUCACACACGGACCCAACCACGCCAUCACCAGGGACCUGGAGUCCAUGCGCACGCAGACGGAGAUGGAGCUGAAGAUGUUCAAAAAGGACGAGGCCGCGUACCACAGCAUGAGGGCCGCCAUCUCCUCAUCCGGAGGAAGCAUCAAAGACCUGUCCCGCAAGAAGUAGAGAUCAACUUUAUUGAUCCGAUCAAUACCAGCCCCUCUCACCACACCACACCCUGCCCCUCCCACCAGUCCCCCAACCUGUGCUGAUGCAUGUCCUCAAACAGGCAACGUCACAUGUACCGUUUCUAUAAUAAACAUGGAAAUAAA